GGAGAAAGCCCGUUUGAAACCUUGUUGGUCGUUGAGAGAUGCCUGCCGUGCACAAGUCGCCAUGACCGUGUUGCCGCGCCCCCUGAUCUGUUGGCUCGUUGCCCUGCUUCAAGUGGUGUCUGCAAUCGAAGCGCUCGCGUCGGCUUUCCUCCUGCAGCCGGCGCGGCACACAGGGCCGCCAUCUGCCCCGUCGCCACACCUAUUCGGCGUGGCUCGGUGACCAAAAUACACACAAAGACAGACACACAAGCAGAGCGCCAUCUGGCUGUGUGUGUGUGUGUGCGCGUGUGUGUGUGUGUGUGUGUGUGCAGCAGUCGGGCGCGCACCCGUCGGUAUGUGAAAGACGGUGACAGGUUGUUCCAGGAUGCCUUUCAGAGGGAGGAGGCGAAAGAGCGGCCCGUCAAGGGAUCUUCACCCAGGCAAGCACACGCACAGACAGAUAAACUGACAGAAGGAGUCAACAACCACACCUACCCCUCUCUCUCCCUCUCUCUCUCUCUCUCUCUCUCUCUCUCUGUGUGUGUGUGUGUGUGUGUGUGUUUGUGUGUGUGUGACAUUCAGUGGCAGCGAUGCGUCAGCGUCUUUGAGUGUGCCCAACCCCUCAGCGUGGCCGUCCUUCCCACAGCUGGAGGUGCCCAACAGCAACAAGUGGCAGAUAAGGCGAUACGAGAGCCAGGACUGGAAGAUACGCAGAUACUCCUCUGAAGGUGCACCUUCCAGUCCUGGCCAAAGACGCACGAACGGGUCACACACACGUGUGUGUGUUUGUGUGUGCGUCGGUUCGGUGUGCAGAUUGGCUGGAGUGUCUGCUAACUUUGCCCCUCUCCCGGAUCUUUGUGCGCAUCCGGGGGCAGCUCAUAUUCCAGGUCUGGUGUGUCACACAGUGCGCAGCAGACACAUAAAACGCGGCGCAGCUCAUUCUGUGUGCUCCUCUCGUGUGUCCCUGUGUGUGUGCUUAUGGGCAGGUGGUGUUGACAACGUUCAUAGCGGCCCUGCACCACCUGAGCAGAAACCCCAAGUUCCUGACGCUGCCCUCAACGCCGCACUCCCUCACGGGCGGCGCACUCGGCCUGCUGCUCGUCUUCAGGGUGCGAUAAGGGAUGGCUGGAUGUGUCGAUCUCUGUAACUCUCUCUCUCUCUCUGUGUGACUUGACUUGUGUGCAGACGAAUGCGGCGUACUCGCGGUUCUGGGAGGUACUUACACAGGGGAUGUGCAGACGUGUGUGAGAGGUGUGGUGAGCGGUUUUUGCUGUGUGUGGUGUGGUGUUGUGUGUGUUGUGAUGUGUUGUGUGCAGGGCCGCAAGUGUUGGGGUACGUUGGUGACGACCAUCCGUGAGCUGGCCUAUGAGUUCUCCUUCUACAUGCCCCAGAAGUUCCACCACCACGUGUAUGUAGGCCUACAUACAUACAUACAUGCUGAGAUGGAUUGAUGGACGAUCGAUGCCGUGCGUGUAUGUGUGUGCUUGUGUGCAGGCUGCGUUUGCUGAAGGCCUAUCCCCGUCUUUUCAAGCAGCACCUGCAGGUACGUGUGAAGACACACAGAGAUGGAUGCAUACCAUACGGACACCCUUCGUUGACCACCAACACCACAACAAACAGGGUGAGUUGAAUCUCAACGAGGUGGGCCAUCUGCUGACCGAGCAGGAGCGCACACAGAUACAAACCGUCAACAACCCGCCACUCUACCUACUGCGUGUAAGCAACCACAGACACAUGAACACACACACACAUGGAUGGAUGGAUGGAUGCGUGUGUGUGUCGGUCAGCGGAUGUGCGGCAUUCUGUAUGAGGCCUACGAGGAGAGUGGAGGCACCAAACCUACUGAGGUCGGCGGCUUGACGAAAGGCACCCACCGGUCUCAUUGCACACUGAUGUCAUUCAUGUGCACCGUGCAGCGGAAAGUGGUGGCUGUCAACGCCAAGCUCGGCAAGCUCUGUGAGAUGCUGGGGGCGUGUGAGCGUAUCAUCAAGACUCCUGUGCCCGUCAGCUACAGGUACACACACACACACACGUGUGUGUGCACGUGUGUAUCCGCCUGUGUGCUCUUUCCUGCAGUCGGCACACAAGCCGAUUCCUGACGUUGUACUGCGCCACGUUGCCCUUCGCUCUGCUCGAGUCGCUGCGAUGGGCGGUGGUGCCUGUGGUGGCCGUCAUGACCUGGGGUGCGUCAAUCACUCAGACACAGACAGACGACCAUCCACACAACACACGCAUAUUUGGGUGGGUUUUCCCUCCCCCUCCCUCCCUCUCCCUCUCUCCCUCCCUGUGUGUGCAGGUUUCCUGUCGAUCCAGGAGAUCGGUCACUUCAUCGAGGACCCGUUCGACCGAAUCGCGUGCCAGAUCCCCAUGGAGGGCCUCUGCGAGACCAUCGAGGUGCGGUCGACACAGCCACAUGAACCACAUGAGCAUGCUGACCUUGAGCAGACCUCGCAUGAGGUCCGAACAGAUGGUUGAUAAUACACCCCUGUCUGUGUCUGUGUGUGUCACUGAACUAACUUGUGUGGCUGUGUGUGUGUGCGCGUCUCUCUGUGCACACCACACACCACAUGCAGGCUGACAUCACCGACCUCACGUCUAUGCCGUACAUCCGCCAUUUCGGCACGCAGGUCAACGGCCACCCCUCGCCCACACCAACGAGCGCCAGCACAAGCGCGGCGAACGAACCCCUCGCACACACAUAGACAAACAGACAGACCGACAGAUGGCUGGAUGGUCCGAGAGGUAGAUGUGGGUGUGUAUUGUAUGGUGUGUACUGUGCAGUACCCAUCGAUGUAGAAAUGUACAGAUACGCAGAGGGACAGCGGUGUGCGUGGGUGUGUGAGCGACUCUGUGAGCGAGUUUUUCUGUCUCCCGAUGAAUGAGUGGCGAUUCUUUGUUUUUUGCGUGCGUCAGUGAGUCGCUCAUGCAUCGUGUUGUUAACCCCUUGUCCGUCAUGCAGUCAGCGUGAUGACAGGGAGGGAGGGAGGGAGGGAGAGAGGGGGAGGGGUCGAUGGAUGCACCACACCCACCCACAGUACAUACAGUACACCUUUCAAUUAAAUGCGUACACACAGACACACACAUACUUAGGGCCAUCCAGAGAGAGAGACAGACGGCGAGAGAGACGUUGGAUGGGCACAUUGCUGUUGUGGUGGUGCAUCAUCGGCUGCCAUGGGCUUUGUGACGUGACUGACGUACAUAUCAUGUGGCUGACCGACACACAUUGCAUUGCAGUUGGUGGUAGACAAGAGAUACAGACGGAGGAGCUUGCAUCUACUGAAUGAAAUGUCCAGUCGACGUCAAUGUUGCAGGGGACGACACACACAGACACUUGUAGGGACACACUCAAUUGCCUCGCUCACAGUGCAAACACUCACACACGCGCAGACAGAGAGCGACACACCCACAAUAGGAGGAGUGGG